AUGACAGCAGCAGAGAAAAAGUGAAAUCAGAACACGAGUUGGUGGUGAACCUAGCGAUCGUGGUGUAUCAUGCCUUGGACUACACGCACGGCGAAGAUGAGGAGCGGCUCAUCUCUCCAGACCUGGAGGGCCUCAUCACAGAUAUGACGGGUAACAUUACAGAUGACGAGGAAGAGAUCAGCGGUCUGUCCGAGGGUUCGGAGACGUCGGAGGGAGGGCGAGCUGAUACUGAUGAUGAGGGCAUCGAAAGGGACUCGGAGCCGGCGCCGAGGAGACGACGCGUCCGGAGGUUCCUGCUCAAAGACGUUAUAGAGCGUUGUAUAUGGCAUUGCGGCGGUGGUAGUGGCCGGCUGGCUCGUGAGACCGCUGCUGGUCACUACCGCGCCGUCUGCCGGGCGCUGGUCGCCGAGGCCCUGGAGCUGGCCUCGUUCCUGGCCCGGGUCCGGGUCACGGGAGCGAGGGACCUUGGAGCAGCUGAGGACUCCGCUACACAUCUAGACACACUACAGUUCUCAGAUUGGUCGAACCGAAGAAUUUGGAGGGCCUUGCAAGCGCGGUUCUGGAUGCAAGUUAUCGGGGAGUUGAGAAUGGGAGUGAAACUGAAGAAGGUUAACUACUCACGGACGCCGAUAGAAUAUGAAUUGACUCCAUAUGAAAUCCUCAUGGACGAUAUAAGGUCGAGGCGGUAUACGUUAAGGAAAGUUGAUGGAGCCAUACCUCAGAAUGUUAAGAAGGACGCACACGCAAUGAUACUCGAAUUUAUUAGAAGUAGACCGCCGCUCAAGAAGGCAUCAGAGCGUAAAUUGGCUCCGGUCCGUCGUGAAGUAACUCCAAGGGAACAGCUGCUGGCUUCCAUACAACUCGGGAAACAGUUGCGACCUACGACGCAAUCCAGGAGUAUAUCUACUAGUGGUUCAGGCAGUGGUUCUACUGGUGCAGAGUCUCGUAGAGGAGAUGUGACCCCACACGCACCGCCACAAAGACGACUUAUCAAAGUCGAUUUUGACAAUCUUGAGGAUGACGAAGACGAAGAUGACACAGAGACUUGUGUGAGUCCCGAGACCUGCCCGCCGCAACCGUUCCCGAGGCACACCAUCAAACAGACGCCUCCCAAACCAUGGAAGAGAACAGUGUCCGUGGAUACGCCGCGGGCUCCUCCCCGCGCGCGCAUCUCACACGACGAGUACCAUCAGUUUUUCGACGAGACUCUCGAAUCCUACGACCUGGCAACUCAAUGUCCUUCUCGCCGAGCCUCCAUGCGUCGCCACACAAUAACACACGCACACGCGUGCCCCACCACCGACGGCGCACAGUCACUGCCACAUUCCAGACCGGGUUCUCGCGCCUCCUGCGCAGGGGCGUCACUCAGUAGUGACGACGCUCAGCUGAAUGAGUUGUCCUGGUCGCGAGCCUCGCUCCAGGACGAACUGAUCAAGUCGGUUAGUGACAGCCCUACCAGCACGCAUAAACAGUGGCAGGAUGCUAUAAUAUCAGACGAGCGUCUCUCCCUCACGUUGGAGGAGAUCGUUCACAUCAGGUCUGUGUUGACGAAGGCUGAGCUGGAGGUACUACCUGUGGAGGGGAGGGUCAAGGAGGACGUGGAGAGGAGACGGGUUUGUUUCCUAUGUCUCAAGACGAGGUUCGGUAUCUUCGGUCCGUGGGGUCAGAAGUGUAAACUAUGCAAGAAGACCGUCUGUCAGAAAUGUUGUUCGAAGAUGCGUAUACCUACGGAACACUUCGCUCACGUGCCCGUGGCGUUGCUAUCUCCUUCCUUACUACCCUCGCCUGAUGAAGAGACGGCCUUCCCUCGCUCACUGAUGGCGCGGCUUGUGCUGCCCGAACACGCGGCGUCAGUAGAGAACAGUGUAGGCUCCGCCCCCAGCAGCCCCGGGUCCCGCCGCAUCACGUCAGCCCCGGGCUCCCGCGGCGCCUCCGCCCUCGGUUUCUCGGACUCCUCCGCCGGCCCCGGUAGCAUGCCCUGUGUCUCCACACCACUAUCAACCUUCUCCACAUUCGAUCGCAGAGCGAGGUACGGUCGCAGUGCAGGUGCGGGCGCGGCGGAGAGACUGCGAGGUGUCCAAAUGGCGGUCUGUCACGACUGUAAGGCGAUGGUGCUACAGAUCAUAAAGUCUUCGCGCGCCGCCCGCUCCGCUUCCCGCGACCGCGCGCUGCGACACCUCACCCUGGACCUGGCGCCCGUGUACACCGCGGACUGCUAG